AUCUGGCCACGGUAUGCGGCAGCGUUCACAGCUGUUUGACCCAAAACAAAUUGGAAAUAUUUGAUGUAAAAUUUGGGCAUUGACUCAAUUAGUGUUUUGCAACAACAAAGGGGCAUGCAGUGCGCAAACAGUUGGGACAGAGUAAUACGUCAGCAUCUGGAACAGAACUGCUUUCAACUUUGACGCAGCCAACUGUCUGGAAACAUCACUGGCAAUGAUGCCGAUGCCUGUGCCCGCAUACACAUACGAUGUGGCCAGCCGCACUCACACGCCUGCUAAGAAGACGCAUUAUUUAUAUAAUCCUCGUAUUGCUGGCCCUUGUUUACAUAUUUGGCAACCUCUUUGAUCGGAAGGGAGCAUUUAGCGUGCUUCAUUACGAUGAAUAUAAAGCUCAACGAACGCGACCGCUACUUUGGCAGCAGCAGCUGCUGCCACCUGAAGAACAUCUCAAUCGGACACGCGAUCCGGACCAACGUUGCCGCAAUUCGGUGCAGGGCCGCAACCUCCUGGUGGAUGAGCACGGUUUCGUAUGCAAACGUGAUCAGAUGCUGGUUAAUGGUUGCUGCAAUGUUGAGCUCCCCGGCAUCAGCUAUUACAGCUGUCGGAGUUGCAAUGUCACAUCGCACUGCUGCGCCAUCUACGAACAUUGUAUCUCCUGUUGCUUGCAUCCGAACAAGCAGUCGCUUUUGGAGCAGGUACUGCAGGCAUCAGAUACACAAAAAUACAUCUAUGCCAGCGUCGUGGAUCACUUCGAGCUGUGCCUUGUCAAGUGUCGCACCAAUUCGCACUCUGUUGAGCACGAAAACAAGUAUCGCAAUGAGGAUGCCAAGUAUUGCUAUGGCACCACCGAGGCGCACGAGAGUCAGCGCGAAGUGGCGCCUAGUGGUGCCUAGUAGCGGUCAGGGUUAGUUCAAAAUUAAUAGAGCAAAGGUCAUGUGCAAUCUCUAUAUGUUAUGUUCAAUUGUUGAGAUGCUAAAUAUUGCAUUGAAUUCAAAUUGUCCGGGCACUUGCCACAAGGCCAUCAAAAUUUGAACUCUAGACAAAUGACAACGAGUUAGUUAUAUUCAAAUUCGCCAUGUUGACAGCAAUCUUAAACAGUUGAGGUGCUUAUAGAUCUCAGGUUUUUGACAUAAUCUAAGAAUUUAGUAACCAAGUACAAUGAAGGUCUGGCAGUUAUGAACAAUUUCGCUGUAAUUAAAGUUAGCUUUCUGUUAAGGGUUUUUUCUUCUUCUUUUUUUU